ACCGCCCACAAAAAAUCCACAGAUAUCUAUCUGUCUCCAGAUGCAAUUAUACAGUGCAACUAUAAAGAAUGGACAUAAAAUAGUGCUAUUUAUAAGGGGUGUUUUUGCAUGAAGAUCGUUGGAAAGGCUUGUUCUAGGCUACCUAGCGACAGAAACAGCAGAAGCAGAAAGAGAGGCGAGAGAGGGGUGUUGGGUAAAUGAAAGUGGGUGGGCCUACCGCGAACACACACACUACCAACUUCGAUCAGGAUACAUUUAUGCAAACGCUUGAUUUUUUCCCGUUAAUAUAAUUUACGCGCGACGGUCGUUAAAGUGUGUUUUCGGUUGGUUUUGAGGGGCGUCGGGCGCGGACAACGGACUCUUCCCUGUUAUAACGGGAGGUUUGAUUGUUGCUCGAGCUUGGUACCGCCCUUCCUGGCGGUGGGUGGUUUCGGUGCUAACCGGAGCGACGCCACAGCCCCAGCGCGAGCCAUUCGCGGAGAAAAUAGGCCGUCCUUCCCSGGUGCUUCAGCCGGCCUUUCUCCCGUAGCCUCUCCUCUCCGGUUUAUGAAUGCGUUAUGAGUGAUCAGAUGACUGAAGUGUCGGGAUCAGAAGAAGGGAAACCAGGCAAGAAAGGCAAACGUUCUGGAUCACAGGAUUCCCAGACGUCUCCCCUAGCCCUGCUGGCUGCGACCUGCAGUAAGAUAGGAGUUCAGGGAGGAGUGGAGGGACAGGUGCAGGGUGGACAGUUCCAGGGUCAUAUAGUUGUAGACGCAGCGGGUAAUCAGACUUUGGUUCAACAACAGUUGGAACUGGUUCCUGCCCAGUUCACUGGAAACGGCUGGCAGAUCAUCACUACAGCUCCCCAAAUGGCCAAGGACACUGCCAAUCAACCCGUCGCCGUGACGCUGGCCACCACUUCAGCCAAUGACAGUGCUCCGGCAGGCCGUAAGAUGAAGGCUGUGGGCGGGACUAACACCGUAGCAGCCAAUCAGCAGGUGCAGCAGCAGUUCCAGAUCAUCCAGGUGCAAAACAUGCCGUCGUCGGGGGGUGGGGUCCAAUACCAGGUGAUCCCCCACCUGCAGACGGCCGACGGCCAACAGAUCCACAUCAGCCCCCAGGCCGCAUCCCUGGGGGGCCAACAGAUCCACAUCAGCCCCCAGACUGCAUCCCUGGGGGGUCAACAGAUCCACAUCAGUCCCCAGACCGCAUCCCUGGGCGGGCAGCACAUUCACAUCAGGUGGGUGGCAGCUGGUCUAGUGCAGUGGUUCUCAAAACACUCCUCAGGGACCCCCAGAUGUUUCACAUGUAUGUUGAUGGGCAACCAGUUGUUGCAGCAGAUCCAGAUCCAGCCACAGCAGAUCACACAGGCCCAGAUCCAGCCACAGAACCAGUUCCAGGGCCAGCAGAUUCAAACCUUUCAGUUAGGACCAGGUGGGACCCUACAGCCCAUACAAGCCUUCCAGAACCAACAGGUUCUGAUCCGGACCCCAACCCUCUCUCCGUCGGGUCAGAUCACGUGGCAGACCCUGCAGCUCCCCGGGGGAAUGUCUGUGCCCCAGCAGCUGACCCUGGCCCCUGUGGGCGGGGGGGGAUUCAUGCAGCUGGGGGGGGCUCCCCUGACACUGAGCACAGCCCAGAUCAACCCUGGGUCGGGGGUGCAGACAGUCAGCAUCUCCGGGCUGGGCACCACUGGGGUACAGAUGCAGGGGUUACCCCUCACCAUCACCGGACUACAGGGACCAGUCUAUACUGUGGAAGGUCUAAACAGUGAAAGACCAGUCUUAUACUGUGGAAAGGUCUACGGUAAGACCAGCCACCUGAGAGCUCACCUCCGCUGGCACACAGGAGAAAGACCCUUCGUCUGUAACUGGAUCUUCUGUGGCAAGAGGUUCACACGCUCGGARGAACUGCAGAGACACAGACGGACACACACAGGAGAGAAGAGGUUUGAGUGUCCAGAGUGCAGUAAGCGUUUCAUGCGUAGUGACCAUCUCUCCAAACACAUCAAAACCCACCUGAACAAGAAGGGCGGGGCUUCUCUCGCCAUCAUCACCACCGACGACAUGGAAAAUUCUAACCAGGGCUUAGGCUCCUCCCCUCGCAUCGUAACUGUGGCGACGCUCUCCCAGGACUCCGCCCCCGCCACYCCAACAGCCUCCUCGCCGAAUCAAAUGGAGGGAGAAGAGGAGGAAGAGGAGGAGUUUGAGUAGUGACCACUUCCAGUGAAAGGAAGAAGCAGGGAGGGCUGACUUCCAGGUUGGUCUCCAUGGUUACGCRGUGGAGGUCAGGUGGUAGAUWAUUUUUUAUUAUUAUUUAUUUGUUUUUUAAACGGACUCAAAGAGAAGACAAAUAUGAUAGACUGAAAAUUAUACACAGACAGAGAAAUCUGAAUCUAAACUAAUAAUUGAGUCCAACAACAGACUAAAGGUGUGAAUUUGUAGAAUGGUGUUUAUAACAGAACAGAGGUCAGGAGAAAAGGCAUUUCUGAACUCGCACUCUAUCCCCUAUAUAGUGCACUACRUUUGACCAGAGCCUUCUGAGUAGUUAUGUAGGGAAGAGAGUGUCAUUUUGGAUAGGUUUAUUAGACUAGCACAAAACAGUUGUAAAACAUCAAGAAGAGACAUUGGAUGUGUCCCAAAUGGCUAGGGUGCCAUUUGAAACGCAACGCUACAAUCUCUAU